AUGGAUAAAGGAAAUUGCUCCUCCUUGACUGAAUUCAUUUUCGUGGGAAUUACUAAUGAUCCUGGGAUGAAAGUGGCCCUAUUUACCAUGUUUCUGGUUGUUUAUGUCAUCAGUCUUCUGGCCAAUCUUGGAAUGAUCAUUCUAAUUAGAAUGGAUUCCCAGCUGCACACACCAAUGUACUACUUCCUCAGCCACCUCUCCUUCAGUGACCUCUGCUAUUCCACAGCCAUUGGGCCUAAGAUGCUGGUGGACCUAUUUGCCGAGAGCAAAUCAAUCCCCUUCUCUGGCUGUGCUCUGCAAUUUUUUAUUUUCUGUGCCUUUGCAGAUUCGGAGUGUCUGCUGCUGGCGGUGAUGGCCUUUGAUCGGUACAAAGCCAUCAGCGACCCGUUGCUCUACAUGGUCAACAUGUCCAGCAGGAGGUGCUCCCUGCUCAUGGCUUGGGUUUACAUGAUGGGGAUGGCAGAUGCUUUGGUCCACACGACAUUAGCAUUCCGCUUAUGUUUCUGUGGGUCAAAUGAGAUUAACCAUUUCUUCUGCGAUGUCCCACCUCUCCUUUUGCUAUCUUGCUCAGAUGUUGAGGUCAAUGAAUUGGUGAUAUUCACCAUUUUUGGUUUCAUUGAACUGAGCUCCAUUUCAGGAGUUCUUGUGUCUUAUUGUUAUAUGAUUCUAUCAGUUUUAAAGAUCCACUCUGCUGAGGGGAGGUUCAAAGCUUUCUCCACCUGCACCUCCCACUUAACUGCUGUGGCAAUUUUCCAGGGAACUCUGCUUUUCAUGUAUUUCAGACCAAGUUCUGCCUACUCCCUAGAUCAAGACAAAAUGACCUCAUUGUUCUACACCCUUGUGAUUCCCAUGUUAAACCCUCUGAUCUAUAGCCUACGGAACAAGGACGUGAAAAAGGCGCUGGAAAAACUGAAAACUAAAAGAUAUCUUCAGUUUUUUAUCUUUAUUGAGCUGAAAAUAGGUUCUAAAACCAAGGAAAGGAUAUAA